UGAUUUAAACGUAUAUAUCUAGAGCCACAUUGCUGAAUUCACAGUUUAAUAUCAACCUACUGUUUUUAUGUUUAUCUAUUUAUCUUCUAUUUAUCUAUCGCAACACCGGAAGUUAUUUUACUUAACUAUCUUUACUAUGUCUGCUUCCCUCACAACUGUUUCACAUUGCUAAAACUGAGAGCGGACGAUAUUCGCAAUUUUCUUGGAAGAGCAAUGAUGUAAACGUACUAAUCCGCUUGCUUGAACAUAUUUUGAUGUGUAUAUUUGUUUUUGAUCAACAGAAGCAUGUGUCCCCCUCAGUGGGGAGCCUAAAGACGCCAGGCCCUGUGCGUAAACAGUGAAUAACGGGUUUUCCAGCGGAGACAGGACGGCGCAGGGUCGUGAGGCAGGACACUGGGCAUCAGCUCUGUACGACAGCCGAGCAAAACAUUAGCAAGCUAGCAUCUCAAAACAUCAGUGAAUUUGCUAUCAUGGCCACAAAUGAAGACAUUUUAUCCACGGCGAUGGGCGAUAUUAUACAGUUGAACGUCGGUGGGACCAGGUUUUGCACUUCGAGACAAACUUUGAUGUGGAUACCAGACUCUUUCUUUUCAAGUUUACUAAGUGGAAGGAUAUCCACUCUUCGGGAUGAAACUGGAGCUAUCUUUAUUGACAGGGAUCCUACAGCUUUUGCACCUAUUCUGAAUUUUCUUCGAACCAAAGAACUGGACUUAAGGGGAGUUAACAUCAGUAUUUUGAGACAUGAGGCAGAAUUUUAUGGCAUAACACCAUUAGUUCGACGUCUGCAGUUGUGUGAGGAGUUGGACCGCUCGUCCUGUGGCAGUGUUCUUUUUCAUGGUUACCUACCCCCUCCAGCCAUUCCUGCACGCAAGUGCAGUGCUGCCUCGGCCACCUCUGAGGAACGUCCUGGACCAAGUGGAGCUGAAGGGUUUGCUCGCAUUGGGCCAAUGCCUCAUCCCACUCUGACGGGGGUCGCAGGAACAGAGGAUGUCCUCUCACUAGGUCCUGUAGUUGAUCCCAGAAAGGUCUUGAUUGUAGCCGGACAUCACAACUGGAUUGUAGCUGCAUAUGCACACUUUGUCAUUUGCUACAGAAUUAAAGAGUCUUCGGGAUGGCAGCAGAUAUUUUCAUCCCCUUACCUUGAAUGGACCAUUGAGCGUAUUGCACUAAAUGCCAAAGUGGUGGGUGGUCCCCAUGGAGACAAGGACAAGAUGGUGGCAGCCGCUUCAGGAAGCAGCAUCAUCCUCUGGAGCAUCCAAGAUGGUGGGAGCGGGAAUGAGAUUGGUGUCUUUAGUUUGGGCGUACCUGUAGAUGAUCUGUUCUUCAUUGGGAAUCAACUGGUAGCCACGAGCCACACGGGGAAGGUCGGGGUGUGGAAUGCAGUCACACAGCACUGGCAGGUUCAAGAUGUUGUUCCAAUCACUAGCUGUGAUACUGCAGGUUCAUUUCUACUGCUGGGUUGCAACAAUGGCUCGAUUUACUACAUAGACAUGCAGAAGUUUCCUUUGAGGAUGAAGGACAAUGAUCUUCUUGUGACGGAGCUUUAUCAUGACGCCUCAAAUGAUGCUAUCACCGCUCUGUCUGUCUAUCUAACGCCAAAAACCAGCGUGAGUGGAAACUGGAUAGAGAUUGCCUACGGGACGAGCAGUGGCGCCGUGAGGGUGAUUGUGCAGCACCCAGAGACCGUCGGCUCUGGACCUCAGCUCUUUCAGACCUUUACUGUGCACAGGAGCCCAGUCACCAAGAUCAUGCUGUCAGAAAAACACCUGGUGUCUGUGUGUGCAGAUAAUAACCAUGUUCGGACGUGGACCGUGACCCGCUUCAGAGGCAUGAUCUCAACCCAGCCGGGCUCCACGCCUCUGGCCUCAUUUAAAAUACUCUCUCUGGAGGAGACUGAGAGCCAUGGCAGCUACUGCUCUGGGAAUGAUAUUGGUCCAUUUGGGGAAAGAGAUGACCAACAGGUUUUUAUUCAGAAGGUCAUCCCCAUUACCAACAAACUCUUUGUGAGGCUUUCAUCCACAGGAAAAAGGAUCUGUGAAAUUCAGUCUGUGGAUGGUACAACUAUCACCUGUUUCAUGGUACGAGAAUGUGAGGGCUCCAGUCGAAUGGGGUCACGACCUCGCCGUUACCUGUUUACGGGACACGGCAAUGGAAGCAUUCAGAUGUGGGACUUAACUACUGCAAUGGACACAGCCAACAAAGGAGAGGAGAAAAAGAAAGAAGAUGUAGGUGGUCCCACGGAGGAGGAGCUGCUACAGUUGUUGGACCAGUGUGACCUGAGCACGUCUCGUUGUGCGACUCCGAACAUCAGCCCUGCAUCGUCCCUGCUGCACCACACACGGCUCAGAGACUCCUGCUCCAGUCUUCAGUUACAUGCUCAGGAGCCGAUCCCUGAAAACCAGGCUACAUACGGAGCUGUGAGACCGUACAGAGAAAGCCCACUGUUAGCACGCGCCAGACGAACAGAGUCCUUCAACAGUUACCGAGAAUUCCAAGACUUCAGCCUGAGUCGUGGAGUCCUGGACGGUGCAGCUCAGUCGUGUCUGGCUGAUGGUCGCCGGUCCCUUUGUGAGUUUGGGGCAGAGGAUGGUGAGCGGAGGCCCUCUCAUACGGAGCUCUGGGCUUCUCGGGGCUCUAGUCUAAAUAAAAACAGCCAAGAGUCUCCAAGACAACUUCCGGACAGCCCUGUGUUUGGAGGAGAUGUGCGCCGUAAAGUGUUGGCCCCGCCCACCGAGGAGGAGACAGUGGCAUCGGGGAGUGACGUUGCUAAAGCUGAGAGCAGCACCAAGAAGAGAGGGGUGUUAGAGGGGGGGUUUCUGGGGAGGAAGAAGGCCCCCCCAGUCCCUCAGCUGUCCCCCGUCCCAUCAGCUCCAGAGGCAGGGGGCAGCGAUUCGUCCGGCACCGCAUCUCCUUCACCAACAAAACUGAGCUCAUCCACAUCGCCACGGCACCGAAAAAUGCCCUCAGACCCACCCAACCCAGACAGCAGUCUGUAGCCACACUGUGUACAGGAUGCAUUUUAGGUAUAAAUAACACUAAUGUUUUACACAUAAUCUGUUUAUUUCAGUCUAACACCUGAGUUUGAAAGGUAAUUUACUUACCUUAGUAUGUUAAUAUGUUCCAUCUUGCAGUUUAUAGAAUAUGUUUUUCAGCCAUAGAGUGUAUUUGAUAGGACUCAUAAGGAAAUGAUGGAGAGCAAGAGACAUUCAUAAAGCUGUGAGAGGUGGGACAUGCUGCAGCUCUGAUCACUGAGCUACAGACAGCAUGUAACUUAGGUCUUAACAAUUAAAAAAAUACUUUAGAGCAAUACUAUAAUUAUAUAAUAUUGCAACUGCAAUUAUUUUUACAAUGCAUGUUUUAAAAAUCAAUAUUAAGUUCAAAGGCGCCUUUUACAUACAGCAUUAGCUAUUAUGAGAAGACUGAAAUAUGAAUUACUAAAUAACAAGAAUCCCAUGAAUUUCAGGACAUGUUUGUGGAGGUGUAAACUAGGUCUUAUUCAUAAUAAGACCCUAUCACUACAUGGUAUUUUAGUAUCUGACAAAUUACAGCUUUCAUUUAGAACACUGUUGCUACUUACAAAUUAACAUCUAAUAAUGUAGCCAUUGAUGUGAUGAAGCCUGUCUUUAGUCCAAGAACGACUCACUGCUGGAAUGCAUGUUUGUUGUUUUUUCUUUUAGCUUUUCUAACUUGUUGCUGUGUCCUGAAACUGGAGCUUUUCCCAUUUGAGUUGAUGUUUACUUUUGGUGUCUCUGUGGAGAUGUGGGCCUGAUAGCAGAUGUUGAGGCAAAGCUUUAAAGAGAGGAGACCUUUGGUCAGGGUUUUGUGGGUGCUGUUUUCUUUAUGUUGAGCCUUAAGGACAGAUUGGUGUGCCCUGGCAGCUACUUGAAUUGAACCAUGUGAUCUGAAGUCCUGUUGGCUAUUACUAGGAAUUCUAAGUAACUAGGAAUUGGAGCACUAUCAUUUUCUUGACUGGUGAUAGUUUAUUUUAAUCAAAAGCUUAGUUGCAUUUGUUUGUGUGACAAAAGUAACACUAUGAAGUAAAUAUCAUGUAUUGCAUAGAUAAACAUACUAAUAUUUAUGGGACCAGCAAUUCAUUUUCAUGACUGAUCUAAUUAAUCCGUCCUGUUGCUUUUGUAAAUAAGUUUGUGCCUUUUGAGAUGCCGUAGUUUGAGGGUGAAAUGCGUUUUGAGACUCUUUACGGUACCUAUUAUUUAGUUUUUAUUGUUAAAUGCAUUUUUGUUUCACUUUGAGUGCCUUAUAUUGCCUGUAGUGAAGUUAGUGAGUGUGACCAAAGACUGAAGAAGAGGAAACAAGCUGAUAAAUGAACCUAGAGUUAUUUGUUAUAUUUAACAUUAACUCUUAGAUUGUGUAAAGUGUAGUUUAAAACUGUUUUAAUACCAUUACUAUUAAUUAUUUUCUGGUGGGUGUUAUACUCAAUCCUUUUAACAGUUUUGCCAGUAAGGAAACAAUAUAUUUGAUGCAGAAAAUGAGGCCGAAACAGACUGAAACAUUAGUUUAUAUUUUAGCUUAAUUAGCUUUAUUUAUUUAAACUGUCAUUUAUAAUAUUGCUGUGCUUACCAAAAUAGAAUAUGUAUAUUGAAAAUGUUAUAUGACUAUAAAUAUAUUUCGAGUUUAUUUUCAGGUGAUUGAACAAUUUGGUACUUGCCUGCCAGCACAAAGAUGCACCUUGUAUAUGUAAACUGCAUUAAUAUGACUAAUGUAAUGCUUUGUUCUGCUUUCAGUAACAUGCUAAUGGACCUAAUCAUAUUUGCACUAGCACUAUUAAUACCCAGUAUAAAGGUAAUGUUUAUUUUCUAUAAAAUAUUAUAAUGUAUAUUUUCUGCAGAUUUGUUUUGCACGUGUUUCUCGGUCAUCUCUGUUACUCUGGCUGUGUUUACAUUACAUUUAUGCCAGACGCUCGUGAGCUAAAAGAAAGGCAUCAUAAAGCUGCCUACAUUGUUGGUACUGUUACUGUUAUUAUGUAUAACUCUACAAAUAACAUUGUUUACCAUUUGUCUAAACUGAAUAUGUUACUGUCAUCAUUGUUAUUGAUCAUGCCACUCAAGUAAACCAUGGCCUUUAAUAAGAUAUGGUGCAUGUCGAUAUAAUAAAACACUAAAUAACUAAACAUGCUUAUUAUUAUU